CCAAAAGGCUCCCAGAUGAUUCCGUUUUGGACUCUCGGAUUUGUUUGUUUAAUUAUUGACUUCAGCACUGCUCAUGAGCCUGCAGUUGGAGAAAAUGCAGCCUCCAAAAACCACUGUUCUCGAAAAGACUGCAAUGGAACACAGUAUGACAUCCAGGAGGCUGCUUGCUGUGAAAACAAACUUCAUCCAGGUUCAAAUCUGUUUUGUUGUGGAAAGGAGCCUUACAAUCCUGCUACAGCCACUUGUUGUAAAGUUCAACAUGGAAAGAUCAUCACAGCUAGUAUUACUCAGGGUCUGAGUGAGAAGGCGUCCAAGUGCUGUGACCUGAAGGCCUACAACCCAGUCAAUGAAAUAUGUUGUCAAUCAACCAUCAUAUCAAAACCUGGACCAAUGGCUGAAUGCUGUGGUAAAGAUGUUUUUGAUAAGGACAAACAGUUGUGUUGUGGUCCAGCUGAUAAUAAGACAAUUCUGGUGAGGAAUUCCCGUCACCAUGAGUGCUGCGGUCACAGCCAGUAUGACACUGAGACUCAGUGCUGCUGUUCAAAUGAGGAGAAGUUGGAGAUACAAUCGAAGGAUUCAUCCUGCUGUGUCAGGAAUUUCACUCCAGGCCUUUCAAGUGGAAAUACCAACUUCAACAAACCAUCACCAAAGAAUGGAAGUUGUGGUGAAGGUAUGAAACAGAAGAUAUUCAAGCUCCAACCCAAAUGCACUGAACCAAACACACAUCUCUGUGGGUCGUCGUGUUACAAUCCAAAGCAAAAUCGUUGCUGUGAGAGUAACCACAAGCCUCACUCACUCGACAACUCAGGUCAAAGGAAGGCCACAGCUACAGUGUAUAACCCACAUACUCAGGUCUGCUGCGAUGGACGUGUAUCUCCGUGGAAGCCUUGGAUCGAUCAGUGCUGUGGAGAGACGCCGUAUGGCUCGGCACAACGUGGAGUUCUGUGUUGUAAUAAGAGCUUGUACGAGGGCAGAGAUGAUGGAGAGGAAUGUUCAGAGAUGGGUAUUCCUUACAACCCGGCUAAAGGGACCAUGUGUUGUUCUCAGUUUCACGGCAGCCCAGGACAACACUGCUGUGGGAUAGAAAUUUACCAGCCUCAUACUGAGAUCUGCUGCAAUGGACACAGACAUCUGAAAUCAGAAAACAUUCACUGCUGUGGGGUCAAAGCCUACAACAUUAAAGACCCACAGAUGAAGUGCUGUGCAGGAACACUGUACAAUCUGACAUCAUUAGACAAGCAUGGAGGGGAUGCGCAGUGCUGCGGAUCCAUUCUGCAAAAGCCACAGGACAUUUGCUGCUCAAAUGAGGACAAAGAGGUGCUCUACUCUGCCAAGACAGGGUUCAGAUGCUGUGGUCACCUUUACUAUAACACCACCCUGUGGUCAUGCUGUGCUGGGGGGCUGAGAAGAAUCCAUGAACCAGGACAGGAUCAGAGAAAGAUGAUUAAUGGAUCCAGACUUCUAUCUGUGGAUAAUCUGAACAAAAUCGAUCUUUGCAAAGAAAUGCACAUUGGGACUGUGGAAAGUGUGUCGCUGCAGAGCAUUGUGUUCAGGAGUGUGCUGAAGGUCCAUGGGAUGGAGGCCAAAGUGAAAGCUCUGCCUUUGCCUUACAUCCUGGAAAGAGAUGAUCGCUGCAGCUCCCCUAAACUGAUUGCUGGGAAGACCUACUACUUUAACAAAGUUAAUGUUUUCAUUGAUUUCAAUCAUGACUCUGUUCUUCAGUCACUCCAUUUCAUUAUUUCCAAAUGUUCAUGACUAGUCACCACUGGCUGAUGUAUACGUGGUCAGUGUGGAUCUGUUACUCUCGUCUUUGAAGUUCUUUUUUCCCCACAUAUUUACUCACAGUGUUGGCUUUAUCACUCAAAAAAGUAAUUAAUUACAAAUUACAUUACACUGGUUAACAUUAUUUUACAAAGUAAUUUGUUACCAUAUUUAUUAUGGUUGCAUUGCAACCUAAUAUACUAACCCCAAAUCGCUCUCUGAUUCACCCAUCACAGUGUGAAUGUUAGCUCGAACUUAAACACAGGAAGAAGUCGUUGUAUGAAUGUGUGAAUGAGGGACGCUAUAUAAAGCGCUUUGAGUGCUCAGGUAGGGUAGAAAAGUGUUAUAUAGAAGAACCUGUCCAUUUAUCAGUAGUAUACAAUACUUCACAUGAUGUGUUGUGCCUGUGUCCAGCCAAACCAUGUUGCUCUGUUGUUUAACACAUCCCAAGAUGUCGUAUCACAGACAGAAUUUAGGUACUUUAAGUAAAGAAAACAAAAGACAACGUAGCUUUUCACUUCAGUUUUACGGGGAUUCACAUUGUAGUGAUUCACACAACUUGACAAUAAUCAAUACUGUAACACAGCAAGCUGGUGCACAAUGUUGUUGCUCAAAUCUAAAUUUGAACAAAAUCUAAAUGUAACUUUGUUUCUUGCACUGAACUAAAAUAUAAGUGACAACUGUUUGCACGUCCUUGAACCAUACAACUGAAUACUUGCAGUAAAGUCCAUGAUGUACUGUGAUUGUUAAUUCUAAUGAAUGAUAAACACUUAGUGCCAAUAUCAAGAAUACAAAUAUGUUAGAAGGACCCACUAAAAAUUCCAUGAAUUUCUGUUUCUUUGAAUGUGAUUCAUGUAAAAUAGUUGUGGAAAUGGUAAGGAUAGGUAUGGGAAUUUAAGAAUGGUAAGGAAUUUAGUAAGGAUUUGAGGGACAUUUAAGCUAUAAGCAAACAUAAACACUGCCUGCUUGAUUUAGUGCCUUGUUGUUAAUAUAAUAUAUUGCAUAGUUAUAUUGUAAAUGUUUAAUAUUUGACCGGACCUAUUGUCCUUUAAGGAUUCAAAUAAAUAAAUACAAACAUUUAUUUAACCUGCUUUGUUUUCUCUUGUAUUCAAAUAGCUUCCUGUUACUAAAAAGCAAUGUGAGCAAGCAAUCUAAAAGGUCUAAAAUGAUCUACACAACCCUGUGUGUCUCCUUCAGUAUCAGUUUAGCUUUUUCCCAUUUUAGUUUCAUUGUAGUUGUGUAUGCUUUCCCAAUGUCUGCCAAUAAAGCUGUGGCAUUUUGAGUUUAUCCCUCGUGUCUGCGUUUGGCUCCUUCUCCUGCCUGCACACAGCUGAAUCUUGGCAUAAAGUUGUUAAGUGUAUAAAUACA